UUAGUUUGAGAGAAUUUUAAUUUUUUCUUUUACUGCAAUACUUGUUCACCAGAUUUAAGAGGAUGUGGGAGUUAAAGAUAGCUGAAGGGAAUGGGCCCUAUUUAUAUAGUACAAAUAACUUUGUUGGUAGACAAUUUUGGGAAUUUAAUCCCAAUGUUGGAACCUUAGAGGAGAAAGAAGAAAUCGAAAGGUUGCGCGAGAACUUCAAAGUUAGCAGACGAGAUGGAGGCUUCCAUGCUUGUGGUGAUCUACUAAUGCGACGACAGCUUAAAAAAGAAAGUGGAAUUGAUCUUACAAGCAUGCCUCCAACGAGACUAAGUGAAGGCGACCAAGUGGAUCUUGAAGUAGUUACAAAUGCGGUAAAGAAAGGCGUUAGACUACAUCGUGCAAUCCAAGCUAAAGACGGACAUUGGCCAGCUGAAAAUGCUGGUCCCAUGUUUUUCACCCCUCCACUUCUAAUAGCCUUAUACGUUAGUGGUACCAUUAAUAGGGUCUUAACUAAAGAACACAAGAAAGAGAUGAUACGAUACUUCUACAAUCAUCAGAAUGAUGAUGGGGGAUGGGGAUUUUAUAUCCAAGGCCACAGCACAAUGAUCGGAUCAGCGUUGAGUUAUGUAGCGUUACGAAUACUAGGAGAGGGAGAAGAAGAUGGAGAUGGUGCAAUCGCUAGAGCUCGUAAGUGGAUAGUUGACCAUGGAGGUGCAUCAUCUAUACCCUCUUGGGGAAAGGUUUAUCUUUCGGUUCUUGGAGUAUACGAAUGGGAGGGCUGUAAUCCGUUGCCACCAGAAUUUUGGCUCUUCCCAUCUUCAUUCCCUUUUCAUCCAGCUGAGAUGUGGUGCUACUGUCGAACAACCUACAUGCCCAUGUCGUAUUUAUAUGGGAAAAGAAUCCAAGGACCAAUAACACCGCUUGUUUCGGCUUUGCGAAAAGAAAUCCACCCCACACCCUUUGACGAUAUUAACUGGAAUAAACAACGGAAUAACUGCUGUAAGGAGGAUUUCUACUAUCCACAUUCAUUUCUUCAAGAUGCUUUGUGGCACAGUCUUCACUACCUUACUGAGCCAGUUCUCAAGUAUUGGCCGUUUUCUAAAUUUAGAGAGAGAUCUAUUAAUAGAGUUGUUGAACUAAUGCGAUAUGAAUCAGAAGAGACGAGAUACAUGACCAUAGGAUGCGUCGAAAAAAGUCUACAAAUGAUGUGUUGGUGGGCAGAGAAUCCAAAUGGGGAUGAGUUCAAAUAUCACCUAGCUAGAGUACCGGAUUACUUAUGGAUUGCAGAAGAUGGAAUGACAAUGCACAGUUUUGGUAGUCAAGUGUGGGAUUGUGCUCUUGCAGUUCAAGCGAUUACCGCAAGUAAUAUGGCAGAAGAAUACGGAGAUUGUCUCAAAAAGGCCCACUUCUACUUGAAAGAAUCACAGGUGAAAGACAAUCCUUCUGGAGAUUUUACUAAAAUGUGUCGACAGUUCACCAAAGGUUCAUGGACUUUCGCUGAUCAAGAUCACGGAUGGACUGUCUCAGACUGUACAUCGGAAGCACUAAGGUGUCUACUCUUACUAUCACACAUGCCAAAAGAAAUAGCUGGAGCCAAGGAUGAGCCUGCCCGACUCUAUGAAGCAGUGAAUGUGCUUCUUUACAUGCAGAGUCCUAUAAGUGGAGGAUUUGCUGUUUGGGAGCCACCAAUUCCAAAACCAUUUCUACAGCUUCUUAACCCUUCAGAGAUUUUUGCAGAUAUUGUUGUUGAGAAAGAGCAUGUGGAAACCACAGCAUCCAUUAUUGGAGCUCUGGUAGAAUUCACACGUGUCCAUACAAGACACAGAAAGGAAGAAAUAGAACUGUCCAUUUCAAAUGGAGUACGAUAUCUUGAGGAGACACAAUGGCAUGAUGGUUCAUGGUAUGGUUACUGGGGUGUAUGCUUCAUAUAUGGAACAUUUUUUGCCUUAAGGGGCUUAAGUUCCACCGGAAAUACAUAUGAAAACAGCGUAGCAGUGCGGAAAGGCGUCAAAUUCUUACUUUCUACACAGAAUGAAGAAGGGGGUUGGGGAGAAAGUCACAUAUCUUGCCCUACUGAGGUAUAUACACCGUUGGAAGGAAACCGAACAAAUCUAGUGCAAACAUCCUGGGCUAUGCUUGGUCUUAUGUUUGCUGAACAAGUCGAAAGAGAUCCAACACCUUUACACAAAGCGGCAAAGCUAUUGAUUAACGCUCAAAUGGAUGAUGGAGAUUUUCCUCAACAGGAAAUUACGGGAGUCUACAUGAAGAAUUGCCUGCUGCUUUAUGCACAAUACAGAAACAUAUUUCCACUUUGGGCACUCGGGGAGUACCGUAAACGUGUCUGGGGGAAUACUAUCAACAUGUAAACUAAUAUGGUCGAUGGGGGAAUAUCAUGUUGAGGUAAAAUUAUGGCUUCUGUUGUUAAAAAGUCUCCUGUACAUGUAAUUACUUAUGUGUAUAAAGUUGGUAUUGAAAUUUAUAUAGUGCUAGUGUUAUCAAGUCA